GCCUAAGGCGCCGGCCGGGUGUGCUGCGCGGCCCGCCUACCCACCUUCAUCCAACGGCGCCGGCCUCGCACCCGCGCUUGGCUCCGAGCAGCGUCCACCCGUCGGCCCCUUUGUCUCACCGCCCCCAGACCUGGCCCGCUGCUCCCGGCGGGAUCCGUCAGCCUCGCGUAAUCGGCGCCCCCGAGAAGGCCCGGGGAGGAGGCGCGGCCCGGGAGGCGGGGACCGGGCGGGCCGCAGGCGCUCCACUCCCGGAAACGUGUGGUUCUCCGGCUCCGCGGCGCGGAUCCGCGCGGCAGCGUGAGGUCCAGCAUCCCCGGCGGCUCUUUCAGGAGCAGCGGGAGCGGCACCGGCGCCGGAACAGCGCGACCUCGGCCCGCGCCGCCGCGGCUGGCAAGAUGCAGCCCGUGUAUCCGGAGGUGAAGCCCAACCCGCUGCAGGACGCGAACGUCUGCUCGCGCGUGUUCUUCUGGUGGCUAAACCCCUUGUUUAAAAUUGGUCACAAACGGAGACUAGAAGAAGAUGACAUGUACUCAGUGCUUCCAGAAGAUCGCUCUAAGCACCUUGGAGAAGAGUUACAAGGGUACUGGGAUCAAGAAGUUUUAAAAGCCGAGAAAGACGCACGGGAGCCUUCUUUAACGAAAGCAAUCAUAAAGUGUUACUGGAAAUCCUAUUUAGUUUUGGGAAUUUUUACAUUAAUUGAGGAAGGCACCAAAGUAGUUCAGCCCUUAUUUUUGGGGAAAAUCAUUAAUUAUUUUGAAAACUAUGAUCCCAGCGAUACUGUGGCUUUGCAUGAAGCCUAUGGCCACGCCGCAGUGCUGAGUACCUGCGUGCUCAUCUUGGCCAUCCUGCACCAUUUAUACUUCUACCACGUUCAGUGUGCGGGGAUGCGGUUACGAGUAGCCAUGUGCCAUAUGAUUUACCGCAAGGCACUUCGCCUGAGUAAUGUGGCCAUGGGGAAGACCACCACAGGCCAGAUAGUCAAUCUGCUGUCCAACGAUGUGAACAAGUUUGAUCAGGUAACGAUCUUCUUGCACUUUCUGUGGGCAGGGCCACUGCAGGCUGUGCUAGUGACCGUCCUGCUCUGGAUGGAAGUAGGAAUUUCAUGUCUUGCCGGGAUGGCAAUCCUAAUUAUUCUUCUGCCUUUGCAAAGCUGCAUCGGGAAGUUGUUUUCAUCACUCCGGAGUAAGACCGCAGCUUUCACAGACGUCAGGAUCAGGACCAUGAAUGAAGUGAUAACUGGCAUCAGGAUAAUAAAAAUGUAUGCUUGGGAAAAGUCUUUUGCAGACCUCAUCACCAAUUUGAGAAGGAAGGAAAUUUCUAAGAUUCUGAGAAGUUCGUACCUUAGAGGAAUGAAUUUGGCGUCAUUUUUCACUGCAAGCAAAAUCAUCGUUUUUGUUACCUUCACUGCCUAUGUGCUCCUUGGUAACAUGAUCACAGCCAGCCGCGUGUUUGUGGCGGUGACGCUGUACGGGGCUGUGCGGUUGACGGUCACCCUCUUCUUCCCUUCGGCCAUUGAGAAGGUGUCAGAGGCCGUCGUCAGCAUCCGAAGAAUCAAGAACUUUCUGUUACUUGAUGAGAUCUCACAGUGCAACCCUCCGCUGCUGUCAGAUGGUAAAACGAUUGUGCACGUGCAAGAUUUCACUGCUUUUUGGGAAAAGGCAUCAGAAACCCCAACCCUACGAGGCCUUUCCUUUACCGUCAGACCCGGUGAACUGUUAGCUGUGGUCGGACCUGUGGGAGCAGGAAAGUCCUCACUGUUGAGUGCGGUGCUGGGGGAGCUGCCCCCGAGCCAGGGGCUGGUCAGCGUGCACGGAAGGAUCGCAUAUGUUUCUCAGCAGCCCUGGGUGUUUUCGGGAACUGUGAGGAGCAAUAUUUUAUUUGGGAAGAAGUAUGAAAAGGAACGAUAUGAAAAAGUAAUAAAGGCUUGUGCUUUGAAAAAGGAUUUACAGCUCUUGGAGGAUGGAGAUCUCACUGUGAUAGGAGACCGGGGAACCACCCUAAGUGGAGGCCAGAAAGCCCGCGUCAACCUCGCAAGAGCAGUGUAUCAGGAUGCAGACAUCUACCUCCUGGACGAUCCGCUCAGCGCAGUGGAUGCGGAAGUCAGCAGGCACUUGUUCGAACUGUGUAUUUGUCAAGCCCUGCAUGGGAAGAUCACAAUCUUAGUGACUCAUCAGUUGCAGUACCUAAAAGCUGCAAGCCAGAUUCUGAUACUGAAAGAUGGCGAAAUGGUGCAAAAGGGAACUUACACUGAGUUCUUGAAAUCCGGGGUAGAUUUCGGGUCUAUUUUGAAGAAGGAGAAUGAAGAGGCUGAAGCCUCCACAGCCCCCGGAACUCCCACUCUGAGGAAUCGGACGUUUUCCGAGGCUUCGAUUUGGUCUCAGCAGUCUUCCAGGCCCUCGUUGAAAGAUGGCGCUCCGGAGGGCCCGGAUACUGAGGAUAUACAAGUUACACUGCCAGAGGAGAGCCGUUCGGAAGGAAAAGUUGGUUUUAAGGCCUAUAAGAAUUACUUCACAGCUGGGGCACACUGGUUUAUCAUCAUUUUCCUUAUUCUUCUAAACAUUGCAGCACAGGCUUCCUAUGUCCUUCAGGAUUGGUGGCUCUCAUACUGGGCGAAUCAACAAGGAGCCCUGAACAUCACUGUAAAUGGAAAAGGAAACGAAACUGAGAAGCUUGAUCUGAACUGGUACUUGGGGAUUUAUUCAGGUUUAACUGUCGCUACCGUCCUUUUUGGCCUGGCCAGAUCUCUGUUGGUUUUCUACGUCCUAGUUAGUUCUUCACAAACUUUGCACAACAAAAUGUUCGAGUCCAUUCUGAGAGCUCCGGUGUUGUUCUUUGAUAGAAAUCCAAUAGGAAGAAUUUUAAAUCGUUUCUCCAAAGACAUUGGGCACAUGGAUGACUUGCUGCCCCUGACGUUUCUAGACUUCAUCCAGACAUUUCUACAAGUGAUUGGUGUGGUGAGUGUGGCGGUGGCGGUGAUUCCUUGGAUUGCGAUACCCCUGGUUCCCCUUGGCAUCAUUUUCUUUGUUCUUCGGCGAUAUUUCUUAGCGACAUCAAGAGAUGUCAAACGCCUGGAAUCCACAACACGGAGCCCGGUCUUUUCCCACUUGUCAUCUUCUCUACAAGGACUCUGGACCAUUCGCGCAUACAAAGCCGAACAGAGGUUUCAGGAACUGUUCGACGCACACCAGGAUUUGCAUUCAGAGGCUUGGUUCUUGUUUUUGACCACGUCCCGGUGGUUCGCUGUGCGACUGGAUGCCAUCUGUGCCCUCUUUGUCAUCGUCGUUGCCUUUGGGUCCCUGAUCCUGGCAAACACUUUGGAUGCCGGGCGGGUUGGCCUGGCACUGUCCUACGCCCUCACGCUCAUGGGGAUGUUCCAGUGGUGCGUCCGGCAAAGCGCCGAAGUUGAGAAUAUGAUGAUUUCAGUGGAAAGGGUGAUUGAAUAUACAGACCUUGAGAAGGAAGCGCCCUGGGAAAACCAGAAACGCCCGCCACCGUCCUGGCCCCAGGAAGGGGCGAUUGUCUUUGACAAUGUUAACUUCUCGUACAGCUUGGACGGCCCCCUGGUACUGAAGCAUCUGACAGCGCUCAUUAAAUCUAGAGAAAAGGUCGGCAUUGUGGGAAGAACAGGAGCUGGAAAAAGUUCCCUCAUCUCUGCCCUUUUUAGAUUGUCAGAACCUGAAGGUAAAAUUUGGAUUGAUAAGAUCUUGACAACUGAAAUUGGACUUCACGAUUUAAGGAAGAAGAUGUCAAUCAUACCUCAGGAACCUGUUUUAUUCACUGGAACAAUGAGGAAAAAUCUGGAUCCUUUUAAUGAGCAUACGGAUGAGGAGCUGUGGAAUGCUUUAAAAGAGGUACAACUUAAAGAAGCCAUUGAAGAUCUCCCUGGCAAAAUGGAUACUGAAUUAGCAGAAUCAGGAUCGAACUUCAGUGUUGGACAGAGACAACUGGUGUGCCUUGCCAGGGCUAUUCUCAGGAAAAAUCGGAUACUGAUUAUUGAUGAAGCCACAGCAAAUGUGGAUCCAAGAACUGAUGAGUUAAUCCAGAAGACAAUCCGUGAGAAAUUUGCCCAGUGCACUGUGCUAACCAUCGCUCACAGGUUGAACACCAUUAUCGACAGUGACAGGAUAAUGGUUUUGGAUUCAGGGAGACUGAAGGAAUAUGAUGAGCCAUAUAUUUUGCUGCAAAAUAGAGACGGGCUGUUCUACAAGAUGGUGCAACAACUGGGCAAGGCCGAGGCCGCUGCCCUCACUGAAACAGCAAAACAGGUGUACUUCAGAAGGAAUUAUCCGGAUAUUACUCACAAUGGCCCUGUGGUUAUGAACACCUCCAAUGGACAGCCCUCAGCCUUAACAAUUUUUGAGACAGCACUGUGAUUCUACCAUGAUGUCAAGUCUGUUCCAAAGGCAUUUUUUUCCCAAUAGUUUUUGCACUGUGUAAACUGCAUUUUACUUUUUUUUUUACACAAGCAACAAAUAUUUACACAUACAAGAUGUUCAGUUAUUUGAAUUUUUUUCCUCCAACUUCACCCAAUGAUUUCAUACUCUAACAAGAUGAUUUAUUACUUUUAUUUAUAUGUUCUACUUUUUUUUUUCCGUUAUCUACAUCACAGGUGCAGGCCACCAGUAAAAUCUUACCAGGUUUUGUGCCUUAAAGACUCUAGAGCCAAAGUUUAUUUUCUAAGGUGUAAGACAGCUUUGUCAAAGAUGUUUUUUACUGCCCCUUAAGUCACAUAUUCCUUUCCAAUUAUAUCAGGGAUUCUAUUUACUUGAAGACUGUGUGAAGCUGCCAUUGUCUCUCACUACUUUCUUGAACAUAACUAGGACACUAUUCCCUCCCAAAGGCCUGGUUAAAACAGUACAGAAAAAACAAAAAAUACACUGCAGUUUACGUGGCAUUAUAGUAGCGAGAGCCGCCCCUCCCCACCCCCUCAGAAAAGAUAAACGGUUAAAAUACAGGAGGACAAUAUUUAAUUAUGUUUAAAAGAGAUGGAUGAGAAAAUAAUGCUUUCUUAACAUAGGAGCCCUUCCAGGGGAUUUGAUCGUGAAGAACAAACGUGUGAUCAUUGACCGUCUUCUAGAUUUCAUGGCUUUGACAGGCUAACCGUUGACAGUUUCAGACUCGGCUUGGGGAUAAUUUUCAAAAAAGGCCAAGCCACUAACUGUAGUUGCUGACUGUAUCGUGGUGGUUUUAUUUGGAUUUCUGUUUCCCUGAUGGUUGACCCUCUGCUGCCUUUUGGGUUAGCAUUCAUUGAAAUCCUUUCUAAAUCACAUGCUCAGGCUCUCCUGACUUGGUGAGAAAGAGAGAAAAUCACUGCAGACGGUGGCUGUGAUUACACAGCGUGUUCUCAGGAUGCGUCAAGAAGAGUCACUUCCGUGAGCCCAGGACAGUUUACUUCUGACCACUAAUAGGACUCUGUUUAGAUCUUUCUAAUCACUAGUUCAGCAAACCACAAGACUUCCUCGCGCCUCCUGUGCUUUAUUUGAACCACGGCCCCUUAGUUUUUCUCGAUGGUCAUGGCUGUUUUGUGUUGAGUUCAAGUUACUCAAGGUUUUACCGUCGUGGUUUUAAGUGGACCUUCGUGACGUCUCACAAUGAGGUUUAACUGCCUUCAAAUUGCAUAUGUUAAUACAUAUGCCUUCUGAUAGUGGGUUUUUGGUCUGUAACAGAGAAAAGGAUGUUUUAUAGAAUCAAGCCUUAAAAUGCACACACACAGCAAACCACCAAAAUACAUUGGGUGCAGUAGCAGUUUGACCCUUUGUGUUAAAAAUAAUAUGGUUAAUGUUUAAAGUUGUGUGGUUGUCAUGGUUCCUAUUUCAGAUGACUGAAAUGGCUACAAGGAUAAUGAUGAGGUUUGUUAAAACUGGAAAUAUUUGAAAUGAAAAUGUGUUCAUUUUGUCUUUAGUGGUUAAAGGCAGUUAAAUAUGUUUCUGCUUUAUUUCUGUUUUAAUGUCAUUAUAGAAUUUUUUAAUAAAACAAAGUUCAAUGGAAAUAAA